UGCGCGCAAUGCAACUUUGUCUCGUUGCAUUUUCUUCCUCCGAUGUUUGUCAUUUUGUCUCGAGAAGGACGUAAUCAUAGUCACGUUCAGGUUGUAUUUAGGUAUCGAGAGUGUCGACUCUCUACCGAAUGCCAGAAGUCUCAAUAAUUGUGGGCGAUUGACUCAUUUCGUUUGCAUGCGUCUUUUACGUUAGUUCACUUGACGAAGAAGACGACUAGAGAAGCACCGUGAUUGUGACGGGCAAGACUCGUGUGCUAACAUGGAAUACAUCCGUGGUGUACUUGUGAGCUUCUCUACGAAUGUUGCAUCGGUACUCUGAGUGGGAGCGACGCAUCUAGAUCUGCUUCACGCUUGAUAGAUCGAUGUAUGAAUAGCUUACUGUCAACUUGUCGUCGACGUUCAUGUGGACUGUUGGAUGGGAACUGGGUGCUUGCCGUUCACUUCCGGGUCUCGGAAGACGACAGACCAGCUCACGCGAAUACCCAACGAUCCGCCACGUUCGUGUUGUAUUCGGUUUCUGUUUUUUGUUGUAAUGUGUUGUAGAGUCGAAGUUGACAAAGUUGUCGCAACGUCACAGCUAGUUUUGCGGCAGCCAUACUACAGUGAUGUGUGGUGUACGUAUUUGUGAUGUCAUAAGUAAUGUAUUAUGUAAUAUUCUACUGCAGUUCAGCUCCCAUUACUCCAACUGUAACAUUGUUAAGUUAGGUGUAGUGUAGUGUAGGUUUUGGUGGCUGACAGAUUGUGUGUUGAUGUUGGCUGCAGCUUGCAACUGUGAUGCUGCUGGAAGAACGAGCUCACAGUGCAAUUCAACGGGAUACUGUGAUUGUAAGACAAACGUUGGCGGUAAACAGUGCGAUCAGUGUCUUACUGGCUUCUUCAACUUACAAGCCACUAAUGUUGAUGGUUGCGAUGACUGCGAGUGUGACUCGACUGGGUCUGAUCCAUCCUUCAAUGGUGCCUGUAACAGCACGGGGUACUGUAACUGUAAACCAAAUGUAGUUGGGAAGAAGUGUGAUCAGUGUGAAGUGGGAUUUUAUUUAUUAGCUGGCUUAAACGGCUGCAUAGAGUGUGGAUGCAGUCUCUCUACUGCAACGUCUUUGCAGUGUCAUAUGCAGACAGGACAGUGUCCUUGUAAAUCUGGUUUAACUGGUCGAACUUGUGGCGUCAUUGCAGACUUUCACUGGCUGCCUUUCUUAGAGGGUCUCAUUUAUGAAGCAGAGUCUGCUUGGCUUAGUGGAGGAGCCAUGGUUGAGAGACGAGUCAGUGAUCUUAGCAAGUUUACUGGAACGGGUGGAGUGAGAAUGAGUGGUAAUGGUAAUCGCAUUACGUUUCGUGUGAUCGUUCCACAGAGAUCAAUUCAGUAUAGACUGAUUAUUCGUUAUGAGGCACCAAGUUCAGUUGACAGUGUCGUGUUGACAGCAAUGAGAUCAGGUGAUGGGGCAAGCGUACUUGCUGAUGAAGGCAUAUUACCAUCUGCACCUACAUUUGCUAAUCCUCACGAAAGACCGUUAAUUGGACAGCAGAUUGCUGGCUCUGAACUGAUUGUUAACUUUACUUACAAUCUUAAUGCUGGAGCUGGAAAUCCCGUCGAUGGAUUUUUUGUUGAUUCGCUUCUACUUAUGCCAUUACACACCGAUCUUCCUGAGUUUCAGGCGUUAUCUUUUGGUGAUCAAUUAGUGUUUCCAUUCACUUGCAAUGAUGUGCGGGAAUCUGUACCACAGUCGUCUUCAGCAAGUCUCACAGAGUUUUGCAGAAAUAUCACUAUUCUAAUCAAUGCCGCUCUUUUCAAUGGAGCAUUGGAUUGUAGUUGUGACAAUGUGGGAACAUUGGGUUCUAGUCAAUUGUGUGAAAAGCUAGGUGGUCAGUGUAAUUGUGCAUCAAACAUUGUCACUCGAACUUGCUCAGCAUGUGACUACACGUACUUUGGAUUUGACAGUGCUGGCUGUGAAGCCUGUAUGUGUAAUGUCAUUGGGUCAAACUCACCUCAGUGCAAUGAGACUGGUUAUUGUGACUGCAAAGGAAAUGCAGGCGGUCAGAGGUGUGACAUCUGUAAAUCAACAUUCUUCAAUUUUACCAGCAGCAAUUCAGAUAUCUGUGAAGGUAAUUUCAUAGCACAUUCAAAAUUAGCACGUGCAGAUAUCUUUGCUUGCCAAUUGUGAAAGAUCAGAAAU